AACCCACAGCGUGUAGACACAGAGUCCUGGAGCAAUACACUCCCUGGUGCCGUCCCGGGCUCUGAGAAGGCUCCUGUGUGGCCGCCUCCCUCGGCCACCCUGUGCUAUUUAUUUUGCUGUCCCAGCAGGAAUGUCCCCUCCCCCUCGUCCCGGACAGGGAUGCGGCCGAAGAAUCAGGAGUGUAGCAGUGAAACAACAGAGGCAGCAGUGGAAGUGACCCAACAAGCAGAAGAGACAAUGAAGAUGACUAGAUGUGGAAGUUACGAGAUGUACAUUAUCCCGGCGUGGGUAACUGAGAAGCGCUUUGUUUCUAUGAAGCACCGCCUUAUAGAGCAGAUGGAAGAGAAGAUCCAAGGUUUGGAGAUGCAGACAGAAACUACAGUGGGGUUUCAAAGGGAAUUUGAGCAGAUGAUGGAGGGAAGACAGGAGAAGGCUGAAGGGAAAGCUCAAGACUGGCAGAUGCCAGCUGGACUGGAGAACUGUGAGGUGAGACUGCUGGGUGAGGAAAGUGGCCAGUGGAAGCAUGUGACCACAAGAACUAAGUACAGGAAAAGAAUGGCUAGUGAAGGAGAACUAGAGUUCAGGAACAGGUUUGCUGAGUUGGAAAAUGAAGGAUGGGUACAGCAGACAGCAACAGAAGGUGGGAUGGGAGAGCAAGGAAGAAGAGAAGAACAGCUAGUCCUACUAAAAGAGGGGAAGAAUCAAUGGAGAUAUCCAGAGUUCACAGCCCCCGGAAGACUUGCAGACAAAGAACAGGAGGAAGGCCAGAGAAUCAAGCCACCACCAGGAAGAGGCAGGUCCACAUGACUGGGGACUCCCUACUAAGAACAGAGAGGCCUUCCACCAGAGCUGAUCUGGAGAAUAGAAGGGUGUGCUGUUGGGAGCUAAGGUAGGGGAUAUGGACCUGAGGAAGAGGAUCCUAAUAGAAAUAGGAAAUAAUCCACUGAUGGUCCUUCACAUGUGAACAAACAAUAUUGCUGGAUUCUCACUGGAACACAUUAAGGGAGACUACACCAGGCAGGGGAAGACACUUAAAGAAAUGGAGAUUCAGGUGAUCUUCAAUAGGAUUCUACCUGUCCCUAGAUGAGGAAAGCAAAGGCAAGACAAGAUUAUGAUGAGCAAUAAAUGACACAGGCAAUGGUGCUAUAAGAAGGGCUUUGGGAUGUUCAACCACUGGGAGACAUUCAUGGACAGAGGACUGUCCUCAUGGGAUGGACGCCACCUGAGUAGGGAGGGAAAUAUACUUCUGAAAUGAAGGUUGGCACAAUUGAUCUUUAAACUAGAAAUUCAGGGGAUAUGGUUGGGAAAUGCUCAUGAAAUCUCUAAGCUUCAUUCUAAUAUUAAGCAGUAGGAAAAUCAAGUAAUAUAGGACACAGUAAUGGAGAAAGGAACAACAGAGGAUAGGAGUUAAGAUUGCUGUGGAGCCCUGGCUGCUGCUGUAUUACAAAUAAUCACAAUAUUAACUGAGACAAUUAUUUUGUAGCCAGACAAGAAUGAAUUUGGGGAAAGCUGUGGUAUGAGAAACAGGUUGAGUAUCAACAGAGAGAGACUCCUAAAGCUAGCACUCUAAAGUCCCAGUCCUGCAAAAACCUUAUUCAUAUGUUUAAUUUUACUACUGCCAAUAGCCCCCUUGAUUUAAAUGGGUCUGAGCUAGAAUUAGGCAGGUGGUAAGGUUGAGAGAGUGGGGGUCUCGAGCUGAAAUCCAGUUCAGAGAGCAGAAUCACUUUACCCAUAUUUUUUCUACAUACAUUUGAGAGUAUACUGCCUGCAGUUGAGCCUAUGACAGGUCAGAGGUAAAGUUGUAUGGGUGACCUCACUGUGCAUUUCUGUACCAGACCAUGAUUAUAUUGCUUUUACUUGUAACAGCCACUCUGAAUCUGGUGAAUAUUUAAUGCAAAACAAAAGAACAAUGGGAGUGGGAGAAACUAAAUUCUACUUUAUUAUUUCAAAGGAUGAACAAAGACAGACUCCUUUCCCCACUCCCCAGCUCCGCUCAGCAUGGUACUUUUCAUCCCCAGCCCAGUACAUUGCUGCACCCAAAUCCCCCAUGCACUAGCAACAUAGUGACAUUUACAAACUGGUAGAAAAGCGCAGAGAAUCCAGGAGAGAUUCUGGGACCCAGUCACAAAGGAAACACUCUGAGGGCAGGGAAUCCAAGGCACUGAGACUAGAGGGAUGCAGUGUGGGGUGAGCAGGGCAGAGAGAAUUGCUGUCAUCCCCACUCUGGUAUAGGGGGAAGGGGUUGACCAACUGGGUUGUCAGGCUCCUCAUCUCUCUGUGGCCUCUAUGAUGGGGGGUCAGCCGAGCUUCAAGGCUGGACCAGGCCUGCUGAUUUCUCCAGCUUCUUUCUUCCCAGCCUUAUCCUCUCACCAGUCAGGAGGUACUGCCCCUUCCCUCUUCAUUCCUCUCAGGGCAUCAUUUGUAGCCAUUUAGAUUUGAGGGAGGGCUUCACCCAACACUCACAGGGCAAUUCCAGUAUCUCUCUGGCAUUGGUGCAGCAAUUCACAGUUCUCAGCCUCAGGUAUCUAGCUCUCAAGAGAAAAGUUUUCUCUACAGUUUUCCAGCUCUGUUCCCCUCACCUCCCACCCUGUCCCCCUCAGACUGGAUAUCACAUCUCUGCAGGGAUCAGGCAGGAAAUCCAUGCCCCUUUCAGUCUCGGCUUCUCAGUGUGAAUCUAGCACUCACCCAUUCAUUGUUCAAACAACACAAAGGUCUCAUAACAAAGGAUUAAGAAAGAUUAGAAUAAAAUAAGAAAGGACUCGUCUGGCAAAUGAUCAUUUGUCUCGUGAAGUCCUCAAUAAACUAUACUACAUCCUGUCAAACUAAACUAAUAUCAAAGUAUGUGACCAAAUGGCCUUCAGGAAGAGAGAGAAACCAACACUACAAGGUGGGCUACAAAACACUAUCAGCUUCAUAAAGUGAAAUCCCACAGAAUCAUAACCCCCAAAAUGUGGAAAACAAAUGUAUCUAUUAUCUUAAAUGGCUAAACCUCCUGUACUCAGCACCUACUCAUUAUUUGGUUGUCAUUUACAAAACUUUUAGCAUCAUCCUAAUGCAAGAAAGAAAAAAAGAAAA